AAAAAAAAAAAAAUGAAAGGUAUAAAAAGAUCGACAGAUUUUCCUAAUCCUCACCUUCUCAACAUCUACCUCCCAUCACUAGAUUCACAUUUCAACUCUCAAACCACAUUUUCACCAUGAAGUUCACUCUCUUCGCCGUCGCCGCCGCCGCUUUCGUUGCCUCUGCUGAGGCUGCCUGCAGACUCUCUGUCUUCGACACUCAGAGCUACCAGGGCAAGUGCAACAGUUUCGAUAUCCCUGCGUACGAAACCUGCUACUCGGUCAGCCCGUUCACGAACAUCAAGUCGAUCAAGUACUAUCACGACGAUCCCGCUGCCGCUACCGUCACUCUCACUCUCUUUGAUAACGCCAACUGUGGCGGCAAGUACACGCGUGCCAGCAUCUACGUCGCCCAGGGUUCGACAUACUCGUACCCUCUUUUGGAAAACGUCUCGGGCAAUGUGCGAUCCAUCCAGCUUCACAAGGGUGCCACGUCCAGCGGCAACGGCGAAACGUCUCAGAACUUGCCCUCAACCGCUGUCAAGUACAGCGGCAAGUGCUAAACACAUUCACGGUGUUGGUGGGCAUUGGCCCUCUUUGAACAAACGCGUACUAGCAUAUAUGCACGCCUCUUCGUUGUUGAAACAAUAAAAGAAGAAAGCACUGCUUUCGCAUUAACGCACUGAACGCCUGUUACCUUAACGACAACGGACAGUUGCCACUAUUCCCAUAAUAGCCGGUGUGACAUGGAGGCAGCCGCGUCUGCUGUCGCG